AUGAGCGUUUCUGUGAACCCAUCAGCUGGACAACCAGAGAUUUGUUCGGUGAAUGUGCAAGUUCAGAGCAGUCUACAGAUAAUCGUCGGUUUCACUACUGAUGUGGCCUCGGACUACCCGUACCUUGAUCCGAUCGCUGACUCAGUGACGAACCGAAUAAUUACUUAUAUUCACUCUGCGGACAACGAGCAUCGUACGCCUAUACUAACCCAUUCGCUGCUAUAUGACGCUUACAACGCAACGUCUCUACAAUGCUGGCAAGCAUACGCAAGUACGUGCCGGAGUUGCUCGUUCCACGUGGGUCACGAGACGAAAAGUUACAACUGUCCGAAUCGCUUCAGAAUUGAUGCCAACGAGUUUCAUAUUGCGCAUAUUGGUGAAGACGAGUUCGGCAACAUGUUCCAAAGAGUGACGCUUGCUCAUUGUAACCAAGCAGGUAGGUAUUGCUCAUUCUCCACAGUUAUUCUCCUCAAAUACAAAAUAUCUGUUGGAAGUUGCACAUUCUCGGGAGCGGAGUAA